GCCAGCCAGCCAGCCAGCCAGCCCCGUGCACCUUGCCAUCUUUGUCACCCUCUGGACCUCUGGCAUGCCUGCUUCCUUCCAGCCCUUCCCGCCCAGGUUUCAUCAUCUCCUCCUGUUUGAGCUUUCACUUGCUCUGGAGCUUUUGUUCGCAUUAUACACAGUAGCCCGCCAUCCUACCCUGCCUGCCCUCUCCCUGCAACACUUCACUGCGUCCAUCCCAUCACGUCAAAUCGAUUUCAGGCCCCGACCGGGUUGCCAUAGCCAUGUUUUAUUCUGGUCCGGGCCCAGUGGGAGGAAAUUCAAAUCUACCUAGGUACUUGACGCUUCGAAUCCCCAAGGCGACCGGGUCGGGCCCAUCGACCCACUUGCCCAACGCACGACAACUCACCUCGUCGUGAUCUACUCGAACUUCAGCCUCUCUAUUUCCCUCACUCCUCUCUCCCAUAGGUCCUUUUCAGGCCGCCUAGCCUCUCGUUACACAACAGUCCCUCCCAAACCCCCCGACUUGGUCAAUCGUUAAUACUUUCCUUAAAUCCCGAAAAGGCGGUGGAUACCUGCGGCAGGCCUGUGACCAUCCUACAUAGUACCUUGUCGCCGACAUCAUCGCCGUUCAACUGCCGUCCUCCGCUUCUCACCCUGCCCUGCACGCCGCCUCGACGACCGAUUUCCAACCCCCGCGAGUCUCUGAGUCUCUGGACAUAACCACGUGCGCACCCGCGGUCGUCAUGGCUGAGGUACAAGCGAGGCCGGCUGGGCUGGCCGCCAGCAACCCCAUCAAGCGGUCUCCAAACGUCGCCAUACCUCCCACGUCCAUCUCUCUGCCCCCACAAAACGCCACCUCGAGACUCAAGAGCCAGCUGUCGCUCGACCCGUACUCGCCGGUCAACCAGAAUGGCAGUUUUGAGUUCGACCGGGUUAUUAAGAGCGGUUACCUCCAGAAACGGACACAGAAGACAAAGACGUGGAAGACUGCCUACCUGGUGUAUCGGCCUAAUACCCUCAGCAUUUACAAGGACGACAAGGAGAACAAGUUGCGCCACAAAAUAUAUCUAUCAGAUCUCACCGCCGUCACCCUUCUCAAGGACCCCAAGAACAAACGGGACCAUGUUUUUGGCCUGUUCUCACCUGCCAAAAAUUUCCAUUUCCAGGCCUCGAGUGCCGCCGAGGCCGAGGCGUGGGUCGAUUUAAUACGUUGCGAUGCCAGGAUAGAGGAGGAGGAGGAGGAGAUGUUUCUGGCCAGCCCUGUCAUCCAUCGCAAUUCUUUUAUGCCGUCUGGCCCCUUGGACCAGGCCGAACCAGGCACCGCCCCGAUCCUGCAGGACCGCGAUGCAUAUUUUUCGAGCUCCCCAGAACCGGUCGAAAGGAGCAAGCCCAGUUUCAGACGCCCCUCGUAUAACCCGCGGCGGCCAUCCACGACCGUCGAGUCCUCCGGUCUCUCAGGGGCCGAGCUGGCGUCACACUCGGAUUUCUCGGACUCGGAUGUUCAACGGGUUCACGGUGUUGCAAUCGAGAGCCUGGCGGUCCAGUCCCCUCCUCCCGCCUCCGCAAGUCCCAGGCCAAACGUCGGGGUCCGUAACGCCAGUCAAGCCAGCGGUAUCAACAUCGAACAGGACCCAGACCGAAUCCUCUGGCAAGGCUGGCUGCGUUGGCUUCGCAACAAAGGUGGUGUGCGCCAGUGGAAGAAUUGCUGGGCCGUCCUCCGACCAAGGAACCUCAUCCUUUACAAGGACGAGUCCGAAUACGCUGUGCAGUUCAUUAUCCACAUGGGCAUGAUCCUCAACGUGGUCGACAUCGACCCGAUGAGCAAGACCAAGACAAACUGCCUGCAGGUGAUCACGGAAGAAAAGAGCUACAGAUUCUGUGCGUACGAUGAGGAGUCUUUGGUGAAAUGCUUGGGGGCCUUUAAGAGUCUCCUGGCCAAGAGGAAAGAACUCGAAGCCAAGAUGGCUGCCAGCGACACGACCACAAGCACGUCCUGAAGGGUGUUGUCGCACGCCACGUCUCACAUUUUACACACCGAGCGAGCGCAUAUCUCGGGUGUCGCGCGUUAAUUUUGCUUUUCUGCAAGGGCUGGGCACGUGGCUGGCACCCGGCUUGCCGGUCGCACGAGGAGAGCACGGGAGUACUAUAGGUCGAAUCAUUUUCCUGUACCUAACUACCUGUCUUCUUUUCCUUCUUUGUUGAAAACAUGCAUGUGAUGCACACAUGCCCCUGUAUUUACGAAUCUACGAACCAUGAAUAUUGAUACCAUUCCAAAG